AUGCAAAUGGAAGCCAUCCUUCUCCUCCUCCUGCCGCCGCUCUUGGCCCUGAUAAUCGUCGUCGGUGUAAAAACCAAGGCAAGAACGCGCCGCCAAAACCUUCCACCAGGUCCAUAUUCAUGGCCGAUUAUAGGCAACCUUCCUCACAUGUUAAAAGGCCCUCAUAUCUACCUCACCCAAUUAGCCCGAUCCUAUGGUCCUUUGUGUUCGGUGAAGCUCGGCACUCAUCUAUUUGUGAUCGGAUCUUCUCCCAUGGCUGCAACCGAAAUCAUGCGAGCCCAUGACCGACUACCCACAUACAGAUGGGUGCCAAAAGCUGGUCAAGAUGGUCUACAGGAAUACUCUCUUAUUUGGGCCACUGAGUGCAGCCAGCAUUGGAAGCUUUUGAGGUGCUUAUGCCGUACAGAAUUGUUUUCCGCUAAAGGGUUAGAGUCACAGUCUUCUUUAAGGGAGAAAAACGUGGAUUCGAUGGUGGGUUUCUUGAAAAGAAAACAAGGUAAUCUUGUAAAUGUUCGAGAAAUGGUGUUUGCUGUGACAGUUAACAUACUUGGUACCAUUUGUUUCUCGAAGGAUUUUAUCGAGUUGGAAUUAAGUGAUGAUGAAAAGGGAACUCGUAGUAGAGGGUUGAAAGGAGCUCUUUAUAGGCUUAUGAAGCUGGGAACGACACCAAAUGUUGCCGAUUUCUAUCCUAAAUUUGAAGGGUUGGACCCUCAAGGUCUAAAGAAGAAGACGUCAGAGGCUAUGGAUGAAGCGUUUAACGUAUGGGCAGAUAUAAUUAAAGAAAGAAGAGAUAUAAGAGAGAACCAGAAAGGGCUGAUUGAACAAGAUUUCUUGGACACAAUGAUCAAAUGUGGGUUUUCAGAUCUUCAGAUUAACCAAUUGACUGUGGAACUAUUCUCAGGAGGAACACACAGUACAGCCUCCACAAUCGAGUGGGCAUUAGCCGAGUUGCUUAAGAACAAACAAGCCAUGUUUGCGAUGCGAGAGGAACUCGUUAACAAACUUGGCUCGACAACGUGCAUCAAGGAAUCACAGGUCUCCCAACUUCCUUAUUUACAUGCAUGCGUUAAGGAAACGCUCAGAUUACACCCACCGGCACCACUCCUACAUCCGCAAGCCAUCCUACAAUCAUGCGAAAUCAUGAAUUAUACCGUCCCCAAGAAUUCUCAACUCAUAAUCAACGUUUGGGCGAUGGGACGAGACCCAAAUCUUUGGGACGACCCAUUGGCUUUCAAGCCCGAAAGAUUUCUCAACUCUAAUGUGGAUUUCAAAGGCCAAGAUUUCAAGUUUUUGCCUUUUGGUGUAGGAAGGAGGAUGUGUCCCGGAUACCCGUAUGCUAUUAAGCAAAUCCACCUUAUGUUGGCUUCUUUGGUCCAAAACUUUGAUUGGUUUCUUCCGAGUAAUAUCGAAGAUCUUUCCAAACUAGAUAUGAGCGAAAACUUUGGCAUAAUUUCGCAAAGGAAACGGCCUUUAAUGGUCAUCCCAAAAUGCGUAUGUUGAGUUUCAAAUAGACUACAAGUUAAGCUUAGGGGCUGUUUACCAAAUGAUUACCGGUUAAUCACUCACUAUCAGUGUCACCACCUUUAUUUACCUUAUCGGGUAACAUUCUUGGCCAUCAAAAUGGACUGCUGAUAAGGUAAGUGACACCCGGUGAGCAUGUGGUAAACCACUUUGUUUCCUAAAAUCAGUUUCUAUUUCCUAGAAGGAUAAUUUCUGUAACUAGUAGUUUAAAUAAAGGCGUUCUGUUUUGAUGACUGCA